UUUUUGGCAGGAACCACUGAGGUGAUAAAGGAUGCUUCUAAGCGUGUGAGUGAGGCAAUGACUCCUGAGCGUCUCCGUCAGACAACACCUGUUGAUGUGGUCCGUAGCCGUGCCCCGAGUCCACGCCGUUCAACUGGAGACGGACGCUUCAUUCUCCCGCCUCGUAUCCACCGUGCAUCCGAUCCUGGUCUGCUUCCAGCUGAAGAGGAGGUGUCAUUAAAAGCACUGUAUGAUGCAGAAUUGGCUCCCCCAGUGGAUACAUAUGCACACCCUCCUCCCCUGGCCAGGAUCCUGUCACCUCAAGCUGGGCAGCAGCAGAUCCUGCCUCACCCCCAGACCUCCCCGCUGCUGCACCCAUUGGUGGGCCAGCACAUCCUGUCCGUGCGCCAGUUCAGCAAGGAACAGAUGUCACACUUGUUCAAUGUGGCUCAUACUCUUCGUCUGAUGGUGCAGAAAGAAAGACCCUUGGAUAUUUUGAAGGGUAAAGUCAUGGCCUCUAUGUUCUACGAGGUGAGCACUCGCACCAGCAGUUCGUUCUCAGCAGCCAUGCACCGUCUGGGAGGGUCAGUGGUGCAUUUCAGCGAGUCCACGUCCUCCACGCAGAAGGGCGAGUCUCUGGCUGAUUCGGUUAACACCAUGAGCUGCUACGCUGAUGUCAUUGUUCUGCGCCACCCCAUACCUGGAGCUGUAGAAAGUGCGGCAAGACAUUGUCGACGGCCGGUGAUCAAUGCUGGUGAUGGGGUCGGAGAACAUCCCACUCAGGCCCUUCUGGAUAUCUUUACAAUCAGAGAAGAGCUGGGAACAGUCAAUGGCAUGACUAUUACCAUGGUAGGCGAUCUGAAACAUGGUCGCACUGUGCAUUCUCUGGCUAGACUUCUUACUCAGUACAGGAUCACUUUGUGCUACGUGGCCCCCAAAAACCUCAGCAUGCCUGCCGAGAUCAUCGACUUUGUGGCUUCCAAAGGCAUUAAACAGGUGGUGUUUAACAGCAUUGAAGAGGCCCUUCCAGAGACCGACGUCCUGUACAUGACCAGAAUACAGAAGGAGCGAUUCGCUUCUGAAGAGGAGUACAAAGCAUGUUUCGGCCAGUUCAUCCUCACACCACAUAUCAUGACGGGAGCCAAAAGGAAGAUGGUGGUCAUGCAUCCUCUUCCCAGAGUCAAUGAGAUCAGUGUGGAAGUGGACACGGAUCCUCGGGCUGCUUACUUCCGGCAGGCGGAGAAUGGGAUGUAUAUUCGGAUGGCACUGCUGGCUACUGUGCUGGGUCGGUGAAGGGGCCAUCAUAGUCUAUUCUUGGACAUUUGGCAGUAAAGGGAAAUGUUUUAUUAGCAACAUACUGAUUCAGUGACUGGUGUUUAUUCUGUGUACUCUCCAUAUAGUUCCAGAUGGUAAGAUUUUGUGAGAUAAAGUAGCCAGAUUUAUUGUUCCUUUCAAUACUGACUGCAAUAAAAUUCCAGAUAUUGAGUAUUUGAUUUAAAACAUGAACAUUAAAGCAACCACAGAGCAGUAUGGUUAAACUAGUUUCAUUCUGAAUAUCUUAGAUAGUUACAUGACAAUAGCACUUGAAAAUAGCAGGUUGUUCAGUUUCUUCAUUUCACAAAAAAAAAAAAAAAUCAGAAAAAUUUAGGAAAGUUAUACAAUAAACGGUUGUACUACUACAUCUCUGACUGGUAUAGUAUAAAUGUAAAUGCUUUUUGAUGUGCAUUUACAACAAUAUAGACGUCUUUACAUGUGAUCAUGUUCACUUGGACGUUCCAGUAGCAGACCAGACUUUUGUAACUCAGUCAACUUUGUGCAAAUACUAGUGCAGCAGAUACAGUAUGGUAGGAAGAUUACGGAGUAAAACUUUUGUAAUUGUAUUUUUAGACAAUAAAAAAAUGCAAUCUCA